AUGGCACAUGGUCAUGUACUGCUGGCCGGCAUCCUCCUUCUGCAGAUCGUUACAGCACUUAUUCUGGCCGCGAACCUCUACGCUUGCAUGCGUCGGAAGGAGUUGCCCAAGCCUUUGCGGCUUCUACGGGCGGCCUACCUGCGAUGCAAAGACCGACUCAGCGGAGACAUCUCCAGAGUUGGAAGCGUGGACCAGAGAGUGGCUACAAAGUACCAGUUGGCUCUCUGCGAUCUUUUGGUUGCUGGUGGCAAACUCAUGGUGGUUGUGCUGUUUUUCCGAUUGAUGAUCUUCCAGUUUCGCCUGAUCACCAACGGUGAUCAUCUCCUCUCCCCCGCGCUGGAUGUGUCCAGUGUUGCUGCUUAUGCGUCCACGCUGUUUAUGGUCAGCUUCAGGCAGCUAGUCACCCCGCGAAGCCUCGACGCGUGGUAUUUCCUGAUGCAGAGCUUAUGCGUGCUGCCAGUCGUGCUGACAGAUCCUUCCAAUCCUGACGACCUGGCGAGCAUCUCGUUGAUCACGCUUCUGCCGCGCUUUCUAGUUGGCCUGUGCCCCCGGCAUGGGUGGUGCGCAGUCGCGGGAAACUUCCUCCACUGGCUUCUGGCUCUCCAGCAAGGUGGGUUUCGGAGCACCUUCGCUCCGCAGACGGCGGAAUUUGGCAUCCUGGUUGCCGGGAUUUUGGCUGUCCGGCGGCAGAUACACACCAGUGUGCGGACCAGCCUCGACCUCAAGACUCGAACCAUCGAACUGGAGGCCGUCUCCGGACUUCUCCUGGGCUUUUGCGACGCUGUAGUGGAGGUGGAGGAGGAGACGCUGAAGCUCACCGAGGACUCCCGGCAGCUGUCGACGAUGCUCUUGCACGGGCAGAGGUUGGGUUCCGGCGGCCUUGCCGGAAGGGACUUCCUUGAGUUCUUCUCGGAGGAGGACCGCUCCCGCAUCAAGGAGUCCCUUGGCUCUGGUAGCACGCGGUCUCAGACGCUGGCCAUCAAUGCUCGGAUGCUGGACUCUCUCGGCAGCUACGUGAAGGUCGAGCUGUUGCACAUCCAAUUCCGCAACCCCGAUGGCGAUGGCCGCCGACUCAUCGGCAUGCGCGAGUUCCAGGACCUUGCCUCGGUUGCCCCCGCAAUGUCUUCCCAGCAAAUGCUGCACUUGCGACACGAAGAGGUCCCUUUGGCGGUUCCUUUGGCGGUCUCAGCUGCCCAGGAGGAGGUGUCUCUCAUGUUCGACGCCAACACUUUCGACAUCCUUAGCGUGUCGAACGGCUUUCAAGCCCUGUGUGCCUCGGUGGGGCAGGCGUUGGACUUUGAGGGGCUCAGCGUUUUUGACCUGUCCAAAGGGACGGGGCCAAGGUCCUUCAGCAGGCAGAUGCAAGAGGCAAUCCAUGCCUAUGACGAGAAUCCGGAGCGAUCGUUCACCUUAGCGGGUCUAGACUUGCUGGGAGCAUGCCAGCUCGACGCGACUGUCACCUUCGCGGAGGAUUCGAUUCUGAAGAGCCUCGUGGGAACGCUGACGGUAAAUGUGUCUACCUCACCACCGACGCUCACGGAACGAAACUUGGCAAUGCUGCAGGGCGGCUCUGGGCAAAGUUCGGGGCAAGCAGGGAAGCAUCCUCGCGCUUCGAACACCUACAUUGUCGCUGUGAUUGUGGGCGGUCUCUUUGAUCGAGUUUGUGACCCUGGCAUGCUGACGGGACCUCAAGACUUAAUCUACGAUCCAGCCAAAGGCUUUCCGGCAAGCUGCGGGGUGACCUCCCCGAAGGCCUUUGACGACAGAGUGCAGGGAGUUGGAGAGUUCGGGCAUGUGGCGCCAGGCCUCCACGUGGUGAACAAUGACUUCGCCGCGGCCGAAAGGUCUGCUUGGCACGGCCCUUGGGCCGAGCAGCCCUUGCUCGCUGCAGAGCGGCUGCUGGCCAAGGCCUUCCAGCUGGGGCGUCCUGAGUGGCUCAAUGAGACCUACUACAAGCGCCACAUUCUUGCUUGGCAAGGCGAAGGCAACGGCAGCACAGACAGAGACGACGACCUGGAGGAAGAUGCCGUGACUCGCAAGAGAGAGAAAAAACGGACUUGGCGUCGUCCAUGUGCCUGCGAAUCUCUGUCCUGUGCACGACUUCUUCACUUCUCAGCACUUCAGCACUUCCAGGCAGCACAGAAGGUGAAGGUGCCCGAUGCGCCAACUACGCACGAGGGCGCGCCGGUCGUCGUGGAGGACCGACUCUAUCAGAGCAUGAUGAGCUCUGUGGAUCAAGCCUACCACGACGUCCCUCUUUUUCUCCAUUGCCUUACGGAGCAGGUCGAGCGGACGCUCGGCGGCGACGCGCAACAGAAAGAGGACCAGAUUGCCCUCCAGGGACUCGAGGAGUACUUGUCUGCGGCGUUUGACGACGCCAUUUGUGAGGGCACUGCGCCUGGGAGGCCUUCGGCUCCACCGAUGGAUGCAGAAUCUCCAACGGAAUGCGUCACGGGAAUUCCGGGCUCUGGGCCCCUGCUUCAGUUCCUGGACCGUGCUGCGUGUCGACAUCGGCGCGGUCCUGGAGCGCAGCUCGAGGGGCAGCCGGUGCUCGCCGCCGUGCACGAGGUCCUGGGCAAGAUCUCAGUGCCUGGCAGUUCGCGCUCGGGGCUGCCGGAGGCUGCUGUGCUCUGUGCAAGAGAGCGGGAGGCUCUCAAGCAUCGUUUCUACCCAUUCGCGCCGGGCGUUGCUCCAGAAGAACUGGAACAGCUGCUUCUAAUUCACGCGUUUCAGGAUCUCCUUGCGAAGGCGCAGCCGGAGCGCACUCUGUGCUGUGCCGACCGAAUUUGGCGGGAGCAGAUCCCUGCGAGCUUGCUGGGUCAAACCUUGGAGGCGGCUCUGCGCUCGGAGCCCUUCGCAGAUGCCGCAUACCUCCCGCGGCAUGACGCGCUGCUCCUGGCAUUGCACCAUAGGGCCGUACCUGGCCGUGUCAUCUGGCACGCCUGGCAGGGCGAUCUUCUUGCCGACGCGCAGGACGCCAAAUGGCAGUCAUCUGCGCUCGUAACGCACCCGACCUACAAUGACUGGUCGCAGGUUCACGGCUCUGGUUUGGUCUCCUCGUCGACGCCAAAGAAGCUCCAAGUGGUUGAAAACAUGGAUGCGCGAGAGGUUGGCUACAACGCUAUUGUAGAGAAACUCGCCUGCCCGCCAGAUGGGUCGCUCAUCCUGGUCUCGCGGAUGGAAUCCGGGAUCAGGCGGAGCUUCCCAGAACUGGGUGCGGCGCCCAUGCCAGGGCGCUUCCCCGCGGAGGCCGCGAAGUCCAGGAGGACCGCCCGUGUCUUCAAGGACAAUCUCGUGUUUGGCCUCGUCGCAGACGAGACCUGGAGGCAGUGGCAGCUCAGCUUUCAGCAGGCAGCUGCGGAGGCUGCAGCAGCCACGACAGAGGAGGAGCCGCCUGCAGAGGAGGAUGUACCGGCAGAAGGCCCUCUCCCGUUUGCAGAGACACAGCUUGGUGCCUUGUGGCUGGUGCUUCCAUCGGGUUCUCGUGUCACGGCUCGACCCCAUCAUGAAAGCGCCGGCAAGCGAGGACUCUUGGACGAAGCGGUGCGGGAUGGGAUGCCGCUGCCUUCCCUGGGCAUUACCAUGACAUACACCAUGGUGGAUGGCCAGACAGUGCAGGUCUUCAGCGAUGGCUCCAUUCAGUUGCUGCGUCCAGUAGAGGGGCGGCCCAUUUCUGUGCAGGAGAUGACUGGCCUUAGCACCUACGCGCCUGGGUGCGCAGCUGACAUGGAGGUGCUGCGGAUGAUAACCCCGCGGGGGGCUCUCAUCCGCAAGCUUUCGUCGGGGCGCACGGAGGUCUACUAUGCAGAUGGAACCACCUCCUUUCGCAACCCGACGCGAGAAGAGCUCGAGCGUCAGCUGCAGGCGUGCGAAAGCAAGCCCAGUUCGGCGAAGGAGUACGCAGCCUGUGUGGAUCUGUUGACCCGCAUGCUGCAGGUCUACUCAGACACUCCUGACACGAGCAGCGCAUCACUGGCAGCGGGUUUGCCCGGUCACUGGAUGACGCUUCACGCGGACGGCCGUGUCUUCGGACGCUUCUUCGCCGAGGAGCCGGUUGAGCCGGUAGAGGUUGCGGAGCCGGUGGACCCCCCGCCCGAGGGCGAUAGCGAAGAGCCGCCGGAAGAGCCACCGCCCUCCUUGCAGGAGCUCCUCCACGCAUACCCUCUGGAAACGGGUGGCUUUGAAUACGAGCUGGACCCAGUGGCCACAGCCUUGCAGACUCUCCCUCAAGCCACGGUGGAGAAGGUGCCGCUCUCUCCAUCUCGCCUUUCCAGGAAGGCUGCAGCUAUCAGGAAGAGCUUUCAGCGCCCGAAGUUUUGGGUCUUGGGCUUCGGCUGGUGCUUGGCAGCCUGCGCAGGGGCGGCCAACGUGAUUGCCUUCAAGUGCUGGAGUCUUUAUGCAUCGCACGUGACCGGUAGCACAUCGGCCAUAGCCUUCCGACUCGAAGGCUACCAUCAGGGUGAGUAUGGCUCAGAGACGUUGAAGGAAGCAUGCUCGCUGGUCUUCUCCUUCCUUGUUGGAGCAUACACCUGCGGAAUCCUCAUUGACAAGAACCAAGUGCACUUCCUCGGGAAAGCCUUCUACGGCCUGGCCCUGGUCCUGAACUCGGCCCUUCUGGUGUCGGCGGCCUUUGUGCCCGGUCGGCUGCUCGCGGCCUCCCUGGUGGCAGCAGCAUGCGGCUUGCAGAACGCCAUGUGCACGUCCCACUUUGGCACGAUCAUCCGCACGACGCACGUCACUGGCACCAUGACCGACAUCGGUUCGACAAUGGGCCGCAUCAGCAUGAUCUACCUCAGGAGAGCUUGCCGCUGCAGGCAGCUGACGGAUGUCGAGCGUGCAGAGAUCGGCGUGGAUGCACGCAAGCUGGGUGUGCUCAGCGGGCUCUGGUCCUUCUACCUGAUUGGCGGCCUCGUCGGGAUCUACAUGGAGAACAUUGUGGCAGGUCCCAAGGCGCUUCUGAUCCCGGCUUCUGUCACUGGCAGUAUGGGCUUGACCUACAUGGCCUGUCGGCAGCUGUUGAAAGACUACAUCAAGAAGCUGGAGAAGGAGCGAUUCUCAGCCGACCUCAAGGAGGCGCAGAGUGCCCUGGCCCACAUGGGAUCUCGCCUGCAUGAUCUCGAGAGCGGCGGCCAGAGCGAUCUGGUGGUAGACCUGGACGAAGAGAUGGGCAACAUGAUCGAGGCGCUGCACGAGGUGGAGGCCGACUUUGACAACCUGUACCAGCAGUCGAGCCAUGCAGCUUGGCUUGAGCAGUGGAACUGCAGGCAAAGCAGCAGAGUCUCGGGGGGGUCGUCGGCGGCAAGUCACCCAGAAGCUGCAAGAAGAAGAUUUGUUUAA